AUGAAAGUGGCUCUUCAAACCAUCAUCUGCGGGUGUGUUCUAGCCACAGUUUUACCUCUGGUGAAAGGCACAGUUUUACCUCUGGUGAAAGGCACAGUUUUACCUCUGGUGAAAGGCACAGUUUUACCUCUGGUGAAAUGCACCAAAGUUGACCUCAACUCCAACAUGAAAAAGAGGUAAGCUGAUUGACGAAUGACGAACGGUGGCCACCGUCUAAUUCAAUAGAGUGCAUAGGAUUAUUGGAUAGGAUGUGUGUUCUGUCUUUGAUGUGUCUAGGGGGAAGUAGGUUAGUUCUGCAUUAACAAUUCCUUCUCUUCUGUGGUAGAUUUAGAGUCUGGUUACAGAGCUGCACGAGAGCAGAUCUCCACAGCAGCUCUGCAGUGGACUCAGGGAUCAUCAGUGGACCAGUGCAUAGAAAGGAGACAGACCCCUCAGUAUUUCAUUCCAGGUAAUCGGUGUUAUUUCAAUAAUGGUUCCUCUGGUGUUUUUUAAAAUGUUUUUACUGCUAUAAAAAUGUCACAUUUGAAUGGUUUUUAAUCAAGUCCAUUUCAGUCGAUCUUUAGAAAUCUCUGAUAUCUCUUCUCUUAUCUCCUUUAAUAUUUUUCUCUUUCAGGUCCAGAAGAUCCAUUGUGACCUCAGUGAAAAGACCAGGCUGCUCUCUGGGCACAUGCAGCCUGCAUGACCUGGCCCAUCGGCUGCACAUCCUCAACAACAAGUUAAAGGUCAACAGAGCCCCGGAGGACAAGAUCAGCUCACAGGGUUACGGUCGCCGCCGCAGGUCACCACAGUCACUCCCACAACGCUACGUUACGCUACGUCUCCAAGUAGGCAGAGUGAGACUGGACUGCAGCUGCGAGUGCAGCCAAGGACUCCAUCUACAGGCCAUCCCACUCAGACAAACUUGAGUUGGGAGAGAACAGGAAGAGGAGUGUCAAUCUAGCGAAUGUCAGGCGCUUUUUCUAUGUUUCGGGCUGGCUGAGAUAUUACUGAGGUCCUAUUCCUGAACAUUCCUUUCCUGCGUGGAUGGACAAGGUCAAUGGAGCAGGAAACAAAUGUCACGCCACUGUGGAUGGAAGACAGAAG